AUGUUGAAGCUUCUCGUCUUGGCUGCAAUUGUCCUUUGUGGACAUUGCUUAGAGGAAUCUCUGGAGGACCAUGGACGUGUUGUUGGGGGCAUGGAGGCAAGGAAGAAUUCGUGGCCAUCACAGAUUUCCCUCCAGUACUACUCCAAUGGAGGCUGGUAUCACACGUGCGGCGGGACAUUGGUGCAGCAAAACUGGGUCAUGACAGCAGCUCACUGUGUGGACAGCAACAUGAAUUUUCGUGUGGUUGUUGGUGACCACAACAUUUAUCAGCAGGAAGGCACAGAACAAUACAUAAGUGUGGGACGUAUCUUUGUGCAUCCAUAUUGGAAUAGCAACAAUGUUGCUGCAGGCUAUGACAUUGCACUGCUCCGUCUCUCUCAAAGAGCUACCUUGAACAGCUAUGUGCAGCUUGGGGCUUUGCCUCCAUCUGGCCAGAUCCUGCCCAACAACAAUCCCUGUUACAUCACUGGCUGGGGCAGGACCAAAACUAAUGGACAGCUGGCCACAGUCCUGCAGGAAGCCUAUCUCCCUGUUGUGGAUUAUUCCACCUGUUCCAGCUCAUCCUACUGGGGCUCAACAGUCAAGAAUACCAUGGUGUGUGCUGGAGGUGAUGGUACUCGCUCUGGAUGCCAGGGGGAUUCUGGAGGGCCCUUGCACUGCCAGGUGAACGGAAGAUACUAUGUCCAUGGAGUCACUAGUUUUGUUUCCAGUUCAGGCUGUAACGUCUAUCGGAAACCCACUGUGUUCACUCGUGUCUCUGCCUAUAUUUCCUGGAUUAAUAGUGUAAUUUCCUCAAACUGAACAGGCUAGAAAACAGAAUUUACAUCCGAGGUUGAAAUUGUUAAUUAAUGUUGGAAAUUAACAUGUUCCAGUCAAAACAUGCUGCACGUUAUCUG